AUGUCUGAUCUACCGUCCAUCCGCUGGGGUAUUGUUGCCACUGGCAUGAUCUCAUCCUGGUUCGUGGAGGAUAUCCUCCUCGAAUGGGAGGGGAAAAGAGUCAACCAUAUAAUUCAAGCAAUCGGCAGCUCAAGCACUCAAAAGGCCCAAGAUUUCGCAAAGAGCCAGUGUCCAACUCACAACCCCAAGGUCUACGGCUCGUAUCAAGAGCUCUACCAUGACGCGGAUGUCGAUAUUGUCUACAUCGGUACCCCGCAUGGCUUUCACUACCGCGAUUGCAUGGAAGCCAUCAGCGCAGGCAAGAAUGUCCUGUGCGAGAAAUCCUUCACCAUCAACGCCAAGCAGGCCCGAGAGAUCUUUGAUGCCGCACGCAAGAACAACGUCUACGUCGCCGAGGCAAUGUGGCUUCGACAUCGUCCUCUCUACCGUGAGCUCAACCGACUCCUCCACGAAGAGAAGAUCAUCGGAGAUGUCUUCCGCGUAUUCUCGGAUUUCGCAAAUGGUACCGAUCCUGCCUCGCAGCCGGCUUCCUCGCGCCACCGCGAUUUGAACCUUGGCGCGGGCUCACUGCUCGAUGUCGGCGUGUACGCUCUCACCUGGUUGAGAGUGACACUCGGAUAUCAGAAAGAUCUCCCCCAGAUUGUGGCCAAACAAACCCACGAAGUCGGAGUGGAAGUCACGACUAGUGCUAUUCUACAAUAUGCAUCCGGUCAACAAGGCAUCUGUACGUCUACUAGCAAGGCGCUCGGUGCACCCGGCGAGGUAUUUGUCGUUGUGCAUGGGACCAACGGGUAUAUCGAGGUUCAAGGGAGUGCGGCUUCCAUACCGGAAUCUUUCACGGUUUGGAAGAAACAGGAUGGGGCUGCUGAUCGGGCUUACUUCCCACGUGAGGCAUGUGAAGGGAAGACGUAUGAAUUCCCUCGGAUUGGGCGUGGGUUUAUCUGGGAGGCUGAGAACACGGCCUUGGAUGUGCUGGCCGGGCGGAAGGAAAGUCAGGUCAUGCCGUGGAGUGAGACCCUGUACAUAUUGGAUAUCAUGGAUGAGAUUAGGGCCCAGGGUGGUACCACUUAUCCUGGCGAAUGA